AUGUCAGGCCUCGAAGGUGGCAAAAAGAAGCCCCUGAAACAGUUCAAGAAGCAGGCCAAGGAGAUGGACAAGGAAGAUAAGGCUUUCAAGCAGAAACAAAAAGAGGAGCAGAAGAAACUCGAGGAGCUAAAAGCCAAGGCUGAGGGAAAGGGACCCCUGGCCACAGGUGGAAUGAAGUCUGGCAAAAAGUAA